AUGACUGAAGGAAACAACAGCAGUGUAGGCCUACUGAAUCGGUCCUUGACGGAUCUGGACCGGUUCAGUAGCCUAGAGGACAUCGACGUGACAGCGGACGGGACUCCGAUUUUGAGGGUGUUCAUCUGCGUCGUUUACUCGGUGGUGUGCGCUGUGGGCUUGGUGGGCAACUUACUGGUGCUGUUCUUUAUCAGAGUGAAACAAGAGCGGAAAAAAUCCAGAAUCAACUUCUUUGUACUUAAUUUGGCAGUGACGGACUUCCAGUUUGUAUUGACUCUACCGUUCUGGGCAGUGGACACCGCACUUGACUUCAGCUGGCCGUUUGGAGACGCCAUGUGCAAAAUCAUCAGCUCCGUCACGGUUAUGAACAUGUACGCGAGCGUGUUCUUUCUGACUGCAAUGAGCGUCACCCGAUACUGGUCCGUCGCCUCCUCUCUAAAGGACCGAACUAGGCAAAAGUCCUGCUCUGCCAAAUGGAUUAGCGUGGUUCUUUGGGUAUCCGCAACAAUUGCGACUGCACCAACAUCCAUGUUCUCAACCGUGACAAAUGUAGCGGGGGAAAAACUAUGUUUGCUUAAGUUCCCUGAUGGACAAUAUUGGUUAGCAGUUUAUCACCUUCAGAAAAUUAUAUUUGCAUUUGUUUUACCCAUGGCCAUUGUUUCAGUCAGCUACAUCAUGCUUCUGCGAUUCGUCCGCAACCGUAGUAUGAAAACAAACACCAAACGGACAUCACAAGUCACCAAAUCUGUCACCAUCGUCGUCCUCUCCUUCUUUCUUUGCUGGAUGCCAAAUCACGCCAUCACAUUCUGGGGCGUCCUUGUGAAAUUGAAUGCUGUGCAUUGGGAUAAAUCGUACUACCUAGUUCACACUUACGUAUUCCCUGUGACAGUCUGCCUUGCGCACGCCAAUAGCUGUCUAAACCCUGUAAUUUAUUGCCUAAUGAGGGAAGAGUUUAGAAAGAAACUGAAAGAUUUGUUAUAUGGCGGAUAGUCACUUUACGCAGUGGAAGAAUCGGUUGCCGUUGCCAUUACGCACGCGCUCCCUGUUGCAUAAUGUACCCUAUAGGGCGCACGACAUGGGUGUACUGUAAUAGGCGAACGCAGUAUGUUCUGUUGGUGGAAAAAAAAAUCACAAAACAGGCAUGGACAAGCACUAAAACAAACGGUCACAAUGAUACAAUGAUAAUGGCUACCAAAAUUGCGCAUGAGGCAAUUCUGCCUGUUAUGAUUCCUCCUAUCCAAGUGCUGUUUUAUUCCCGGAAAGUUAUCAUUAAACGAUAGAGAAACCGCCCGGACAGUCGACAUUAAACGAUAGAGAAACCGCCCGGACUGUCAUCUUUAAACGUUAGAGAAACCGCCCGGACAGUCAUCAUUAAACGAUAGGGGAACCACCUGGACUGUCGUCAUUAAACGACAGAAAAACCGGAAAGUCAUCAUUAUACGAUAGAGACA